AUGAGUGAAAUGAAAGAAUUAGAUAUUCGAGAUAUCACCUCAAAAAGCAAGAAAAAAAGACUGGAGGACGGCGUGAGGCAGGCAGUGAAACUGCGCCUUGUAUACCAUGGAAGCCUUAGUCUGAAAAAUUUAGAUAUCGAACCUAUGGGACGUCUCAAAUCCAAUUAAUGCUGCAUCUACACUCCACCUCGUGUGUGGAACGAUCUUUCGAUUUGGGAGCCGGAUGAGCAUGCGACAGAGCAAUGUCGUGGACAUACGCUUCCAGAGAAGAAGCACAAACCAGAAGGAGGAAAUGAUAACAAUAAGGAUGCAGAAGAUAAGAGAAAUUGGGGAUGUGACGAUUGUUGA